CACUUCCUGGAGUUGCAGCAGUUACUGCGGAGAAAGGCGCUGGGGCUGACCGGGAACUGCGCUGCCCUGUUACACCGCGCAGUCGAAUGGAGCUAAAGCACCCAUGGUUUGCAACCAGUGCUAUGGUUUAGUGCAUCGGCUGUGGACGUUAUUAAUCUCCGCAGCGAUAUUCCAUGCUGCAUGACUCACACUAGCUGUUGCGUAGAUGUGGAAAGAUUUGUCAGCGAGGGACGGGUGUUUCUUCAUCUUCUACCCUAGCUAGCGAUGUCUGUACCAUCCGCAGAAAUGCUUGAAACCCCACCUGGCUACCCUUUUGAAGAAAUCGAAUAUGCGGAUAUUGAAGUUGAAGAGGUUGUUGGCCGAGGGGCAUUUGGAGUCGUCUGCAAGGCCAAAUGGAGAGGCAAAGAUGUAGCUAUCAAGACCAUUGAAAGCGAGUCUGAAAGAAAAGCCUUCGUAGUGGAGCUCCGCCAGCUCUCACGUGUAAACCACCCUAACAUUGUGAAGCUCUACGGCUCAUGCAACAAUCCGGUUUGUCUUGUUAUGGAAUAUGCUGAAGGCGGAUCGCUGUACAAUGUGCUGCAUGGAGCAGAGCCACUGCCCUACUACACAGCCUCCCACGCCAUGAGCUGGUGCCUGCAGUGCUCCCAGGGAGUGGCCUACCUCCACGGCAUGAAGCCAAAGGCCCUCAUCCACAGAGACCUCAAACCGCCCAACCUGCUGCUUGUCGCCGGCGGAACCAUGCUGAAGAUAUGCGACUUUGGGACGGCCUGCGAUAUUCAGACGCACAUGACCAACAACAAGGGCAGCGCGGCCUGGAUGGCGCCCGAGGUGUUUGAAGGCAGCAAUUACAGCGAGAAGUGUGACGUGUUCAGCUGGGGGAUCAUCCUCUGGGAGGUGAUCACACGCAAGAAGCCCUUCGACGAGAUUGGAGGCCCCGCCUUCCGCAUCAUGUGGGCCGUGCACAACGGUACGCGCCCUCCCCUCAUUAAGGACCUCCCCAAACCAAUCGAGAGUCUCAUGACACGCUGCUGGUCCAAAGACCCUUCUCAGCGCCCCGCCAUGGAGGAGAUCAUGAAGAUCAUGACCCACCUAAUGAAGUACUUUCCAGGUUCUGAUGAACCCCUGCAGUACCCCCAUCAAUAUUCAGACGAAGGACAGUGCAACACAGGGAUGUACCUGGACUAUACCUCCAACAGCAACAAAAGUGAUGGGAACAUGGAGCAUGGAGACUCCCAAGGGAGGAUCGACACCAUCAAGAUCAUGGCGCCUCACCUCAUACCUAAGGCGGACACCAUGCGUGCAGGUCUCCCUCUGUCCAGAGGGGGCAGUGUGGAGAGCCUGUCAGGGCGGCCGCAGUGCCUCGGACCCUGUGACAGUAAGCGGAUGAGUGGCGAUCUGUCGGAGCUGGAGCACAGGGCGACCCUCGGACCAGCAGCGCGACCCCCGUAUAAACGAGGGCACCGCAAAACGGCUUCAUUCGGCACCAUCCUGGACGUCCCCAAGAUCCUGGUCUCAGGCAGCUGUGAGAGACGCAGGUCUGUACAGGAUCUACCAGGGCUUGGAACGGAGUCCACUCAGGGGAGCAGGAGCAGCAGCAGGUCCUCCAGUCCCAGUGCCAGGGUGAUCACGGCAGACAAGACCGGCAGGGGGUACGGCUUCUCCCCCGACGACCCCGCAGAUACCAACGGCUCAGACUCCAUCCCCAUGGCAUAUCUGACACUGGACCACCAGUUGCAGCCCCUCGCCCCCUGUCCCAACUCCAAAGAGUCCAUGGCUGUGUUUGAGCAGCACUGCAAAAUGGCACAGGAGUACCUGAAAGUGCAGACCGAAAUUGCCUUGCUGAUCCAGAGAAAGAAAGAGCUGAUCGCUGAGCUGGACCAGGAUGAGAAGGACCAGCAGAACACAUCCCGCCUGGUCCAGGAGCACAAGAAGCUCCUGGAAGAGAACAAGAGCCUCUCCACCUACUACCAGAAGUGCAAGAAGCAGCUGGAGCUGAUCCGAGCGCAGCAGCAGAAAAGACAGGGCACCUCCUGAUAUGGGGGAGGUGCGUUGUCUGGCCCAGCUGCAGCUGAUCUGGGAACAGCAGCACAAGAGACAGGGCAUCCCCUGGUAUGGGGGGGUGUACUGUCUGGCCUAGCUGCGGCUGGUCUGGGAACAGCAGCAGAAGCCGCCCCGGGUCAGCCCGCCAAUACUCAAACCGGCCCCACUUUGGCUAAGGACUCGAUGUGGGCGGGAAGCCCUUCAAAUCCCGCCCCCAAGCUCCACCUCUUUUGUUACUUUUUGCACCCCCCUCUCGCCCAUGCUCCACGUGUCUCGACCCCUUCGAGCGGAUUACAGUUGGUUCUCGUUCUCUCGCGAUUGAAGGAGCCCAGUAUCAAAUAUGUAAAUCCAUACAGCAUGAUAAACAGGUGGGCAUGUUCUGGGUUUAGAACAGGCAGGGGAUGGGGGUGAGCCACCCAGCCUGUCGCAGAAGCAGGUUGGUCUUCCCCAUUAAAAAAAUAAAAACUGUUGACAGGGCCAAUCAGCAGAGACUUUAGGGACAUUAACACAGGUCACACUUCUUAAAAAAGAAGGGGACGCUACAGGGCUUCUGGUGGUGGGGCACUUAAGUCAGCAAGUCCGCAUUCCUCUUUAAACCAAAUAAACCCGGGGGGGGGGGGGGUGGUCG